UUUUUCCCUUUUGUAUUCAGGACAAACCUGGAGGCAAACCUGUGGAAGGCGAUGUUUGAGUAAAUCCGAGGAGACUAGACGGUGAGAAUGUCAGCCCUCAACUGGAAGCCCUUUGUGUAUGGAGGGCUGGCCUCGAUCACAGCGGAAUGUGGUACAUUUCCAAUUGAUUUAACUAAGACCCGGCUCCAGAUUCAAGGCCAGACAAAUGAUGCCAACUUCCGAGAAAUCAGGUACCGCGGGAUGUUGCACGCACUGAUGAGGAUAGGUCGAGAAGAAGGGCUGAGGGCGCUGUAUUCAGGGAUUGCGCCUGCGAUGCUACGGCAGGCUUCCUAUGGAACCAUCAAGAUUGGCACUUACCAGAGCUUGAAGCGAUUAGCUGUGGAACGCCCAGAAGAUGAAACCCUGCUGAUCAAUGUUGUAUGUGGAAUUCUGUCUGGAGUCAUAUCUUCAGCUAUUGCUAAUCCGACCGAUGUUUUGAAAAUCCGAAUGCAAGCGCAGAACAGUGCCAUUCAAGGGGGAAUGAUUGGCAACUUCAUUAACAUCUACCAGCAGGAAGGGACCAGAGGGCUGUGGAAGGGUGUGUCACUCACGGCUCAGAGGGCUGCCAUUGUUGUUGGUGUGGAGCUUCCAGUCUAUGACAUCACCAAGAAGCACCUGAUACUCUCAGGCCUGAUGGGAGACACCGUCUCUACGCAUUUUCUCUCCAGCUUCACCUGUGGUCUGGUGGGAGCUUUGGCCUCAAACCCUGUGGAUGUUGUGAGAACGCGUAUGAUGAAUCAAAGAGUCCUUCGAGAUGGCGGAUGCUCUGGCUACAAAGGUACCUUGGAUUGCCUAUUGCAGACAUGGAAGAACGAAGGGUUUUUUGCUCUAUAUAAGGGUUUUUGGCCAAAUUGGUUGCGCCUUGGUCCUUGGAAUAUCAUUUUCUUUUUGACAUAUGAGCAGCUGAAGAAACUGGACUUGUGACCAGUCCAUGCUACACAAGACAUUCUUCUGAAAAGCCAGCAUCCGCAAUGGUAGAGCCUCCCGUGCUUCUGGCUGCUUCUCACUGCACAGCUCAUCACAGCUUCUAGGAUGGGAGCGAUGGGUGAAGGCUGGGUUCUUCAGAUUGUCAUGUGCUGGCACUGGACUCUUUUCAUUCGAGUUCAGAGAUUAAACCAUGACGUGUACUCACUAGUCUUUACCAUGGACUUGCUCUUUGACACCCAAGAUGAUGCACACAAUACAUGCUUCUUGCUGUAGAAAACUUGCAGGGAAAUCAGAACCGUGUGCAGUUUUCCUCUGGGAGAGCAGCUUUGCUGCUCUGAGAAGGCUCUGGAGUGAUGGAGCCCACCUCCACCUCCCCGACCCCCAGACCUUGACAGUGCCAGAAGUAGAUUUUUAGAACAUUGCACUGCUUUGUAGUUUCUGUUUGGGCAGAAUCUUUCACUUACAGUAAGUGAGGUUAAGCUUUUGAAGACUCGACCUUUGUGAGGUACCAUUAGCCAUUUGCCCUAUGGUUUUUAAUGGAAGUUUAUUAUUUCCAUAUUGAUCAAAUGGGGAUAGUUAUGCUGAAUGAAGAAGGUGUCAGAUGAAGGGAAGGCUGCUGUCUAAAAGGUGAGUGUGUUUAUACUCACAGUAAACAGUUGGGUACCACGGGGUUCUCCUGACUGAAGGCCAGGCCAUUGUUAAGUAACUCGGCAGGUGAAGUGUUUUGCUUUUUGUAGAGGGAUGUCUCUAGACUUCUAGCCUUCACUUUAGCUCAAAGUGGGUUUGUCUAAAAACCCUAGUUAAUUUCCUAGAAAUUAAAAAAUAAUUUAUUUCUUCCUGUUUCUUUUUUGUGAUAUUGGGGAUCAAACCCUUGUUCACCCUGUUUAUCUGCCCACACUGAGCCCUACCCCACCCCAGAGCGACGGCUUUAUCGCCUAUUUAUCUCCUUUCUGAAAAGAGGUAUUUAACACCCCUCUAUUUUUGUUCCUUCUGAGACUGAUUAAACCUCUUAUGCUUUUCAAAGCAAAAGAUGUCUCUAAGAGCAAAGAACUUUCUAUUUCUAGAAGGAAGGCCAGUCUCUUCAGGUGGUACCCUGUGAAAGUCUCAGGGCUAGCUGGAACUCUCAGCGGCCACAAUGCCAGGUGCAUUCCGUAUCUGUCCCGUAGGGCUCCUUCCUUCUUGAGGCAGAGGUGUGCAGGUUUUCCUUUCUUUGAAGGUUGAGCGCUUUUUUUCGUACAUUUUCAUCUUGGCUUCUUUAUUAAUGUUUUCUUUGAAAAACAGUCUGAGAAGCAGGGUUUGCUUUCUAAAAGUAAAAGCUAAGACAGUGUCAUCACAGAGAUGAAGAAAGUCCACAACUCCCUAGAAAGCCACUAGAUGGCAGUAAAGGACCGGAGCUUCUGCUGACCUCCGCUGUGUGUGAGAGAGAUUUUUCUUCUGACCUGAACAUUCCCUUAAGUGAUAGACUCCACAGAGGCUUUCUCUUGAAUUGGAAAGAUUGAAGUUUUUUCAAACUAUUUUUUUGCUUGAUUGUUUUAUUUUUGUAACAGUUCUAGCUAUCCUGGAACUCUUCUUCUUCUUUUUUUUUUUAAAGACCGACUGGCCUCAAACUCACAGAGAUCCUCCUGCAUCUGCCUCCUGAGUGCACUACCACGGACUGGCCAAAAACAAACAAAAAAAAACCCCACCACUUUUUAAAAUAUGAAGGUAAUUUCUAAAGUAGAAACAGGUCCACUUUGAAGAUCAUAUAAAGAGUAGAUAUCAGGCAGUAUUAUCAGUUUAUUCAAAUUUUGUGUGUCUGUACCUGGAUAAAAAGAAACUUGAAUUUUACUGUAAAACUUCAGCAUGUUUUAAGGCAAAUUGCAGUAUUUUCAGACAAGGGUGGUGCCAACUUCCUAAGUGCCUUAUAGGACAGGGUCUUAACCUGCCUUUCCUUGCCCCUAGAGUUAAUACAAGUUGAUGUUCCUAACCCAGAGACAACUUAAAGUGUGUGGUGGCCGUAAAGGAUGUGGCCCUAACACUUCCGCUGGAAUUUUGAUUAAGUAUGGUGAAAACUAUAUGGAGUAUUUGUAACUAAGUUGAAGGAGAUUGUGUUUGUGUUGUUUGUGAUAUAAAAAGUGGCUCCUGUUCUCUGUAUUUAUUCAUGUGCUAUAAACAGUAUGUGUUAUAUAAAGAAUAUACAUUUUCCACAAGCUUUUCUAUUUCAAGCUCUUAUGGUCGGAUUGUAUGGCAUAAACCUUGUUCCAUUAUUUAAUAAACUGAAGUAAUAGAUAAUGA